CAGCGACGAACGACGUUCGAGUGUUGCCGACGUCGCUCGCGGAGACUCUGUAGCAGCAACGGCGACAGCGUCAGUAAUAGUUUGACGGUCAGGAAGGCGACCGGUGGUUUUUUGUGAGUCGCUCCGUCCAUCAUCUACUAACCGACAUAGAUCUGCUGCUACUGCAAGCGUGCCACACCGAAGAAGGAAGUUAGUUUUGUGACGAUUCCGCGCGUACAGCCUCGGAACCUGUAUACCAGAGACAGUGGAAGUGCCUAGUAGCGUGACAGCAGGCGACGAUUGUAACGGACUGAUCCCAUCAGAUAUAUUGAUCGACGAGCAUUGUUGUAGGAGAUGUUCAUGUAAUGACUGACUGGUUCCAUAGGCUGAAAAGCAAAGCAACGUCGGCUUCCAACGGAAAGCUGACAAAAGCCAAGUAAAGCUACUGACAUCUUGCACUCAGUCUAAUACUUCAUGUCGAUGAAAUAGUCAGCGCGCAUCGCCAACACGCGCGGACACAUACACUUAUGCAGCAUCAGUGUGAAACGGCAAGGGCGGACGACAUCGUAUGUUAGACUUCCGUUCUUGAGCUUUCCUGACUGGAGGUGCAGGACAGCUUUGUGUUUCCGGUCUAUAGGUGUUUCAUAUUUGUUCACCGAGCAAAAAUCGUAGCGGCGCUGUCGCAUAUUUCAUCUUCUACCAUUCUAGUCACGUGCUAAGUUUAUGCUACACAAACGUGAUUCAACGUCAUCAGGCAAAGAGACGAAAGCAGCAGAAAUAUAGCAGCGUUACGUGCAAUGCAGAGCUUUUGAUAGUAUUACGGUGUGACUACUGUGCCAUAUUACCGGGAAACCCGGCAGGCCAGUUGAACGACGAAAUUUCGUACAUUCAGGAAUAUAUGCGGUAUCAGUAUGUUCCCUAACCGACAGCACAGCUAGCGUGAGGAAUUACAUUGUCAAUCCGGCGGGGGGCGGGGGGGUGUGCCAUGUUCACAGCGGCAUAGGAAAUCAUUGUGGGAUCAUAUGGUCACAAGUGUAAGAUAAGCCAAUAGAAAGAUUUGUGAUGAGUAAAAAAUCGUCUUUUUUCCCCUUUUAUCGCCUGGAUUGAUGAUGCUGCUCACUUCUUCACUCGUGGCAGGACUGUCUAGAUUCGUGGUAAUGCAAGGGAACAAUAUUGCCAAUACUCUAAUCGAAGGGAGCAGGUACGUCGAUGUGCUGGCGGAAGAUGUGCGUCCCAGUCAGCUUGCCUUGCAAGACGAUGAGAUAUGUUUACUUGACAUUUAAGCGUCGGACAACGUCAUCAAAAAAAAAACUUUAACUUAAUGAAGCCGUCCUGUGAUUAACUGGUGUGUGUGUGCUGCGUGUGUGCGUGUGUCAGCGCGUAUGUGAAGGUGAACCAUAAGAGUGUCCUGUAAAUAAAUUUUUACUUGAAUCUUCAUUCACUGUGUAAAAUAGUUAGUUAUAAAUGAUGAUAGUUAACGUUCCGCGUCUCAGCGUCAUUGUAAAUCUGUGAAUCCGUCAUCUCGCUGCAUUGCGCUGUUGUUAUUACUGAUUCAUUUAUUCUUCUUCUGGCUGAAGAUAUGGAGGCCAAACGCUAGGUGAAUAUGAUGUUAGAUUUGCAGUUCGGAAUUAAUAAAGUACUCCCGUGACCACGAGAAAAACCUAAGAAGGUAACGUGAAUUCAACAGUGAUCACACCACAGGAGUUAUGUGAGAUGCCUGAACGAGCAUCAAGAACGAUGCUACUUCGGCAAGGGCCCGUGCGGCCCUCGAAAGUUCUGCUCGAGAGUGGCAGUCUUGCAGGGGAAGAGGACGGAACCAAAAAUGGUGAAGUUUCUGAAAAGGGAAAAAAAGGACUAUCUGAACGUAGUCCUACGUUCGUGAGACGGCCGCGAAGUGAUCUUGCUCCUGGCGUUCGGGUAGUGGUAAAGGGCGCUAAAAUGGGGACGAUAAGAUACGUAGGCGAGAUCCGUUUCGCCAUUGGCAUUUGGUGUGGGGUAGAACUUGACGAACCAGUGGGAAGGCAUAAUGGAGAAAAGUACGGGGUUCGUUAUUUCUACUGUAGAAACAACCACGGCAUUUAUGUGCCUGCUUACAAGGUUUUUCCUCUGGGACGCCUGAUCGAAGAAGUUUCUCCGUGUUCGAUGUCCUUAGAUGAACCCUGGAGUCUCGACACAGACUGUACAUCGCUUGUAUCGCGUAAAAGUGGAAGUUUCGAAGAGUUCCUACAGGAAACUCGAUUAAGCGAGAGCGAUAUUUGGCGUAUGCUCGCUAAUCAGCAACAGCAGUUAACGCCGGAGAAUUAUAAUCCUGAUUCUUCGUUCGCUGGAAUGGCACUAAACAAAAUUCCGUUGCGCGGCGCCGCAGGAGUGAAUCCUCGAAGUAAGAUUGGAAGCCCACCGUCUUCGCGCGUUCCGGAAACUUUGUUGAAUAACAGUCGACUACACCAGAUAACUUCAACACGCAGUAGUAACCUGCAAAAUCCCAGCAAAUCCAACUCGACAAUCCUUUCAGCUGGCCAGGUUUCAACUUCGAGAACCCGUGGCGUUGAACGUAAAGUUCUCGGGCCUUCUAAUCCAUCUUUGGAUGCAAAAAAAGUUGUGAUUGCGAUGGACCAUGCCAAGAAGAGUGAGAAACCAGUCACGAAGCUUCAACAACCACGAAACAAGCCGAUGGCUAGUCGGGCCUCACUGCUUCGCGAGAGCUUCACUAGAAUAAAGGAGAGUCUACCUAAACGGCAACUCGCACUCUGGACUCGUCGCCAAGGGACAAAUACUGACCGUGGCUUGCAUCGUGCCAGCUAUAAGCAUACAACUAGUUUUGUUUUUUUUUUACAGUAAAAUCCGUUUUAUUAUUGUACGCAUUGUGAAUGCACGCAAU